AUGAACAUAGAUUGCCGGAAUUGGGCGCGAGCAUGUGUGCCGUGCCAACAAUCCAAGGUCACGCGGCACGUCGUGGCACCCGUGGGAAAAUUCUCUGCACCAUCUAGGAGAUUUGAACAUGUCCAUCUGGAUAUCAUUUUGAUGCCUAUCUCUGAAGGAAAGAGAUAUUGCCUCACGUGUGUUGACCGUUUCACACGAUGGCCGGAGGCGUUUCCGCUAGAAAACCAGGAGGCGGAGACGGUUGCCAGGGCCUUCUACGAGGGAUGGAUCUGCAGAUUCGGAACACCUCUGCGAGUCACCACCGAUCAGGGUCGUCAAUUCGAGUCGCAUCUCUUCCGUCAACUGAGCGAGUUGACGGGAACAACGCACCUGAGAACGGCAGCAUACCAUCCGCAAGCGAAUGGUAUGGUGGAGAGGUUUCACCGUCAGCUCAAGGCGGCAGUGAAAUGUCACGGAGGUAGCCGUUGGACCCGAGUGCUGCCGACCGUUCUGCUGGGUGUGCGAGCGGCCUGGAGGGAAGAUCUGCAAGCAACGGCAGCGGAGAUUGUAUACGGAGAGACUCUUCGUCUUCCGGGACAAUUCCUAACUCCAAGGCCAACAGAGGACGCGGAAGGCGGCGCGAAUUUUUGUGAAGGAAUUGCGCCGCCGCCUUGA